AUGGGUGUGGAGCGGCAAAGAGAGCAGCGAGCGGGAAUCCCAAAUUUCAAAUCUGGGAAUGGCGGAUUUCUUGGGGAAGGUAGCCUUUCUGGGGGUGGAACUGGCGAUCAAGCUGGUUUUCAGGCAUCCCAAGUGAUUGAAUGUGAAUUGCUCCCAUUUGCUUGCUUCCAUUGCAAAAAAUUGGGCCAUUGGGCAAAAUCUUGUCCACUUAAGAAGGGUAAGGAAAGCAAGACUGAUAGCAGUGUGCAACAGAAGCAGAAAUGGCAGACUAAAGAGAAAAAAGGAGACCCAUCAGUAGGGUGUGAUCCUGAUAAGGAAGUGAUGGAGCCAGAAAAGGAGGUGAAGAAGGAUGUGAAUAGUAAUAAUGAAAAACCUGCUUGCGCUUGUGUAUGUUCUAAUAAUCAAAUAGAAAGUACUAAAGAAGAUGAGCAAAGAAGAGAGUUAAAUAAUAAAAAUGAUCCAGAGGACCAAGAGGUUGGAUCAGUCAGUCAGGAGAAAGUAGAGGAAAGUCCCAAUGAUGAUGUGUCUGCAUCAUCUUACUCAAAAGCAAUUGAGGAAGACUUUAAUGAAGCGCAGGAUUUUAACCUUUCUGAUUUUGAGCCUUUGUUGCUUCUAACCAAUGGAAGCCCAAAGCCAUCCCAAUGCAAAACCCCAUCACAUAGUUUGGAAAUGGAAAUCAUGGAAGGAAAUCUUACGAUUCUUGGCACAAAAGAAGGAAAAUCGAAUAAGGAGGGACCCAAUGGAGGGAAAGGUAAGAGAAUGCUAGAGGAAGGGGAACCUAGCAAGGAGGAGGCUACCUUUAGGAAAAAAAGCAAGAGUGCCAUUGGGAUGAAAGUCCAUGAAGAUAAGAAUGACACAGAGGAAAUGGGAAAAGAGGGCAGUGAAAUGGAAAUGGACGAGUCAGAGGGUGAGGAAAGCUGGAAAUAUGAGGAAACGGGAGUAGAGCAUGAAGAAGGUGAGAACGAGUCCGACCAUGAUAGCCCAAUUCACAGUGCUAGCCCUGGCAAUGACAACAGCCAACCCAUGGUGGAUCUGGAUGACAAGGAUAAUGAGGAAAAAGAUUUGAAUUCUGAGAUGGAGAAGAACAAGGAACCCGAGAAGGAUAUGGAAAAGUAUAUUUUGAGUGAGGAAAAGAAAAGCGCUGGAGAAGGGUUAUUCUUGGAUAACCUUAAAAAACUUACUGAGGCCAGAUUGGGUUAUGACAGAUGGACUUAUGAACUAUUGAAGAACCUGGAGAAAAAUGGGAAACAUAUGGAUGACAAAAGGAAGGAAGAUGACAGUGAUCAGAAGCAGUCGAAGAAGGAAAUGGAGGAGAAGGUUAAUAAAAUGGCUGCUCAGAUUAACUUGCUGGAAGAAGGGAAAGUGGCGAUGAAAAACCUGCUAAGCAUUAUCCCGAAUAUCUUGUUUGUUGUCACUAAAAACCUUGAGGAUAUCUCGAAGGUCCUUGAUAAUUCCAAUUCUCCUAAACUGGUGGUGGACCUCGAGAUGGAUGAAGAUGCUAUCGAGAUUGGAAGUCUCCAGGUGGAGCUGGAAAGAGAACCAAAGUGA